GUAACUCAAUUCGAGACAGCAUCUGUAUCUCUGCCCGCGUUCUUGAGGCUUCCAGAAUCCCAGACGCAACCCCCUUUGGCUCCGCUGAUCUUCGAUGCCCGUGUGACUCGCCCUUGCAUUCUUUGAGCGAUCCUGGGCGCCGGGAGCGACGAGUGACGUAGCCCUGUAACUUCUCGUUUCUCGAGAACCGUACCACCUACGUCCACCCCUAAAUCUCCUAUCACCACGACUCUCAAAGAACACAACUCGAACAAGCACUCAGAAACCAAGUCGCCAUGACUGCGAACCCGCCGACCCUUAUCAACCUGCCUCCGCCGCAGUCGGAUCCGACGACGCCCAACGACGCUCCGGGCACCCCAAACUCUGCGACCACGUCCAUGUCCGAGCUCUCUACCGUCGCUAUCAAGGACGGCCACCGCGGCCACUUUCCGCAUCACCAUCAGCCAGCCGAGGCCGAGCGCGCUGACCGUAUUUCGCGCUUGGCAGGACUGGAGCGUGUAGCUGUCUCUGGGCGCAAUCCGCACGGACUGGCCCCUGGCGCUGCAAACAAUCCUCCGCCCGGCUACUUCGAUGCGAACAACCAACCCCAGAUCUUCCGCGAGCGCAGCACCGUCGGCAGCGCGAGCGCCACCGGAAGUGUGGGCGGCAGGACAACAUGGGCUAGCGGUAGCGAUGUGUACGACCCAGAUCGGAUGAGCGAGGACCAGGACCCCGAGACAUCUAGCAUGGGAGGCUUCAGUGACGAGGCGGCCUCCUUGGUCGGCUUCGGCGAGGGCGCGAGGACCCCAGCCCGACAGCACAGCCAGCUGGGAAGCCCGGCAAUUGGCAAGGCAAGCGCGGUGCCUCAGUAUCUGCGCGACCAACCGCCCGCUAGCCCGAUGACUGGCGUGAGCAUCCCGAGCAGCUCAGGCACGACGCAGACCACUUCAAGCGCAGAGCAACAGAAGCAGGAGACGAAGAUGCUGGAUGGCAUGACCUAUGAUGAGGACGUCGUUGAUACAACUAACCGCACGCCGCCAUUGACUGGUCAGGGACCCGGAGGUGCUACCACUGCAGAGCAGGUCAUCCGGGAGAGAAUGCGUCAGCGUCAAGCCGGCCAAGCUGCGGCUCCGAGCCAGGAAGUCAUGGAGGUCGAGCAGCAUCGGGAGUAUUAGCUGGGGG